AUGACAAUAGCUUUGGGUUUGAUGAUACUGUUGUGGGGGGAGGGUAGUGUAGAAUUUGGGAAUGAUGAUAUGAUUGAUGAAGAAGAGGAAGAUGGUGAUGAUGAUGGUGAAGAUGUUGAGGAAAUCUGGUGUGAGGAAGAGGGUGAGGGUGAAGAAAAUGGGGAAUUUAGUUACGAGGAAGAGGUUGAAGAUGGUAUGGAAAUGGAAUAUGAGGAUGGUGGGGUUUCUGGUGGAGGUGAAAAUGUUGGGGGUUCCUCUGUUGUUACCCCCAAGAGGAAGGUAUUGGUUGAUACCUUUGUAGGGGAGGAAGAGGAACUGGAACCACCUGCCAUUAGUAUGGUGUUUGGUAGUUGGGAUGUAGUUGAUAGCUACUUCUGGAGGUAUGCGAGGCAGAAGGGAUUUGGCAUAGUUAGAGCAGCAUCUAGUUGGGCUAAGGUGAAGAGUGAAUUGGGAGAUGGAAGCGAAAGGUUGAUCCUCUUAAGGAAGGAUUGGCGCAAGAUAAUGAUUGUUGAAAAAAGGAAAACAAAGAAGUGUUCAUGCCCUGUGGAGUUGUAUGCUAGUGUAAAUGCGGCGGGGGAUUGGGUUAUUCACAAGGUUUAUUUGGAACAUAAAAGGCACAUAGUCACUCCAAGAAAAGCAAGGGAUGUUUCCAUGUUUCAUAAGCAUGAGUUGCUUGCUAAAAAUAAGCAUUUGGUUAAACAGGCCUGUAAUGCCAAGAAGUCAAGGUUUGGGAAGGAUGGCGCAUUGCAGGAUGUUCUUUGGGUUGAUGCAAGGAGUAGGGCUGCCUAUGAAGAAUUUGGCGACAUUGUAUGCUUUGACAGUACGUAUUUGACGAACAUAUUCCAUCUCCCAUUUGCUGUCUUUCUUGAGGUUAACCAUCAUGGGCAGAGUAUAUUGUUUGGUUGUGCGUUGAUUUCCCGUGAGACUGUCGAGACGUAUGUGUGGGUGUUCAAGACUUGGCUGAAUUGCAUGGGUGAUAAAGCUCCAACAUCCAUACUUACAGAUCAAGAUCCUGCCAUUCGCAAAGUUGUUCAUUUGGUCUUGAAUCAAACAUGUCACAGGUGGUGCAUAUGGCAUAUUCUGCAGAAGUUUGGAAAGUAUCUUGGGAAGUUGGGGAAAUAUGAAGAAUUGAGUGAUGAAUUGAAAAAUAUAAUAUAUGGAAGUUUAGUUCCUUAG